AGCCUGACAUAUGUUCUGUGGUAAUUAUUCACUUAACAAAAAAUUGCAAAAAUAUACAUAGAUAAACGUUAUGUUUGUGCCAAAAAAUGAGUGUUAAAUUCAGACCCCCUCACCCAAGUUUGGGAGCAACCCCUUCUCUCUCACUCUCAUUCUCUCUCCACAGUAUUCCCUUCUUCUUCACCUCUUUCUUUUAGGAUUAGUUUAUUUUUAUUUUUGAUUUUGCUUUGUAACCUCCAUUCAUGGAGGAGUAGUUCUUUUUACCUUGUAGGAUUGACGUUGUUCUUGAGGUUAUCGUUUUAACUUGAUUGCAAUUUUGGUUUCCUUUAAUUCUCUAUUUUUAUUUUUAUUGGUUAUCGUUCUUUAAUUUCAAUUGUUAGAAUUCUAAUAAUUGUUUUUUUUAACGUGCCUAUGGUUAGAUUUCAUUCAUAGGGAGAGAAUUAGAAUUGAUUCCCAAAUUUGGGAAUUAGGUUGAUUGCGAAUGAUAAUUAAAUUGGCUUAGAUUCAUUGUAUUGUGUUUAUAAGUGUUCAAAAGGCAUUAAUUCUAAAUUUCAGUGCGUUAGAACAGAGUAUUGAAGCUAUUUCAGCAUAAUACAAAUUCUUAAUUAUUAUUUAUGGAAAAUUAGAAAUUCCUGAUCUCCUAAACUUCCACAACUGAUCCCAUGAAAUUUGACGUUAUGCUUAUGUUUAAAUACUAAAUAAUUGCUUCAUUUUCAACUUCUGUUUCGCAGGUGGUAGAAGUUGAGUUGUCGUGAGACUACACUAGCCCUUUGUCUUGGGAGAGUCAUCUAGCGAGUUGAAGUUGCAUUACAAUGAGUGCAGGUUCCAGCAAACCAAAGCCAGGUCCCAGCAAACCAAAGCCAGGUUCUAGCAGACCAAGGGAGCCAGAUUUCACUGAGCCAUUUGAAGUUCAACCUAGAAACAACAACCAGUACCACCAAUUUAUCUCUCGAGUGCGCGAGCAAGUAGUCCCAAACCCUGCUGAUCCUACUUCUACUCCUCACUCUACUCAUGGUCUUCCUGCGCUUAUCCCUGAACAAACUAAUCGGAGCGAGAUUCGACUCUUCGAUUUGGUAUUAGGGGCAAAUGAUCGAGAUGGGAAUCAUCACACUGUCAGGCUCCGAUAUAGAAGGGACAACCUGUACCUAAUUGGUUACCAGAUGGAAAAUGGACAAUGGUUAGAGCUAGACUACGAAAAUCAUGAGCACUUAAUUACAGAUGCAGAAUGGUUACCCUUUGAUGGCAGCUACGGGGGAUUGGCAGCAGCUGCUGUUGAAGAGAAGCAAGCUGCUGAUGAAAAGACGCAAGACUCCAUGGGUGUUGAAGACAUCGCCGUUGGCUCUGAAAGCCUAAGAAAUGCCGUAACUCAACUCGCUACAUCUGAAGAAAAUCACAAUAGGGCAAGCAGUUUAAUGGCUAUGAUUGUGAUGACUUCUGAAGCACUUAGGCUGAAUCACGUACGGCAAUUCGCGGAAGAGAAUUACGAGCAAGGAAGAACGAUUCGGCAGGGGAUGAAAGGAGGAGAUUCACGCUUCAAACGACUUGAAGAUGAGAUUAAGGAUUGGAGUCACUUAUCGAAAACAUUGUUUUUCUUGGAUUCAUGCCCCUCUGGUGAUUCAAGCAGCAAGAUUGAAUACAUAAGCGGCGAGAAAAAGUCCACCUACGAAAGUGCACGGAAGAUAAUAAAAGAAUGGGGUGGUAUUCAAAUUAUCAUUGCAUUGUUGGGCAUUGUCAAGUAUUUUUGCUUCAAACCACAGCCACGCAAGCCCAGGGCGGCCGUGGAAGAUGGAGGUGAUGAUGGGCAGUGUAUUGUAAUUGGAUCAGAGCUUCUCGAGGGAGGUGAUGAUGGGCAGUGUAUUGUAAUUGGAUCAGAGCUUCUCGAGGUGUUCUCGAUACGCAUUGACAACAAUUACACACAUGCACGCGAGAUCUAUGGUAUAAUCACAGUUACUGAUGCACUAAGGACCCAGAUAAUUUAUAGCAGCUCAAAAGACAAUCCUGAGUACAUCAAUCCAGGCCCAAAUGAUGUUUUGCUUACUGGACCAUCUGAAGAAGCCAUCUCGGCCCUUGGCGAGGUUACUAUCCAGUUUCUUCUCAAAGAAAAGGGCAGAAACGACGGCAAAGAAGUCAUCCUUUAUCAAGGCUUGUACUGGAGUUCCUUCAAAUUUGGCAAUGUGUAUGACAAACCCACAUCCAAGGCAUUCGACAUAGAUGAGGGUCGCUUGAUCAUCAAUUAUGGCGUGUCUAGACAUGCAGCAGCUGCUAAAGUGAAUAUAUCCAAGUUUAAAGGAGGGGAAAACACAAGUGAAGUUUAUGGGAAGGUUUCGAGUUUAGCUGGUUGGAAUGGUGCUGAUGCCACAAGCAUCUUGUUCCAGAGAGAAAAAGGAGAUCGUGUCACAGUAAACCGUGGAGAACUCAUUCCAUUGUCGAGAUCCAUUGUAGUUGUACCAUUGAGCAGCUCCACUCUCAAAGUCACAGUGCAGGUAAAUCAUCAUAACAUGAUAUUUCCUGAUAUAGAACUUGCUAAUGACACCAUCCAGCUUGAAACAAAGGAAUCAGGCUCAGAUCAGAGGGCCAUCCUAGAAAAGGAUCCCUCGUUCUUCACUCCAGAUGAUUCUGUGCUCUUAAUGGUUGUCGAUUGGGCAACUCCAAUUUAAGUGCGUUAGUAGGUGGUGGUGGCAUCAUGUGGGAAUAUCAUUGAGUGAGUGAUAAGUGUCUAAUAAUAAUGCUAUCUAAUUAGUGUGCAAUUAACAUGUAAUCUUUUUAAAUAAUGUGUCAUAUUAUCAUAUUAAGUGUGUUGUGUGUGAUAAGACUAUCUUGAUGUAAUAUGGAGUAUUUAAGUGUAUAAUAAAUAUUUUCAUCCUACGUGAUAUUUUAUGGAGGAAUAUAAAAUCUUGUUAAUU